AUAAGUGUGCAAUUAUUUUUAAGGUGUUACUAAGAGGCAAGGUUUGCACCGAAUAUUAGUUCUGCCCUAAAUCUCACAAUAAAAGUUGUAUAUUUUAUUGGGACCUCCUGGAUUUUUUUGUGAUUCUUAUAAGUGUCCACACCACGGUGUUUGAGGCAAACGUACAAAUGUAAACAUGUUUUUAUGUACUAUAUUUGGGGAGAGACAAGUUCUUUGCGAAUUGCCGAUGACUAAUGAGCAUCUACAUAUGCAUUUUCAAUACUGUAAACAAGUUAUUUCGCAACAGAUGACCCCACGUAUUAUUGGAACUUUCGCUCCCAAUCAGUCAGCUAAGAGAACCAUCAAACGUAAGCGAAUGCUUAUGUCGGCAAACGAAAACAGUCUUCUCUUGGCUGCGGCUGCGGUUGUCAUCGGUUUGUCGUCGCGCUGGUGCUCGUCCAUAUCACGUUUGCCAUUAUAAAAACACAAAGCGCUUGAUUAAAAGCCAAAAGCUACGCAAAAAUGUCGACUGGUCGCAUGUCCGAUGAGCAAUUUCAACAAUUACUCGCAACUAUACGAGCGCUGGGUCCACAACACAGCGAACAGCAGCAGCAGCAACAAGCUAACAAGGCGAAAAGCAGUUUUGGCAAUUGCAAUGUACGCUUCCAUGGUCAGCGUGACAACGAUGCCGUCGAGGAGUUCGUCAACGCCAUUGAAACCUACAAGGACAUGGAAGGCAUCAGCGAUCAAGACGCGCUAAAAGGUUUGCCACUUCUCUUUCAAGGUAUUGCUUCCACAUGGUGGAAGGGCGUACGACGCGAUGCGAAGUCGUGGCAAGAUGCUCUACAACUGUUGCGCGACCACUUUUCGCCGACGAAACCACCCUAUCAAAUAUACGUGGAGAUUUUCGAAUCAAAACAGUCCGAGCACACGCCCAUUGAUACAUUUGUUUGUCAGAAGCGUGCUCUGAUAGCGAAGCUGCCGGAGGGGCGACACGAUGUGGAGACUGAGCUAGAUUUUGUUUAUGGUCUGCUGGAUGCAAAAUAUAAACAACAAAUACCGCGACAUGAAGUUAAAACGUAUCGAGAGCUUUUAGAGAAGGGACGCAAUUUGGAGCGACACAACACCGUAGGUAGACGCCACUGAUAGCGAUGCUAUGGUUACAGCUUUCUCAUAGCGAAAGUGUACAUUGUGUUCUCGCUUCUCACUAAGUGAAAGAAUUAGCAUAUUAUUAGUUUAUACAAUAACUGUAGGAGAUAUUUUUAAGAAAAACUAAAUAAAUAUUAAAUAAAUUUUUGCAACUAUAUGUUC